AUGUUCUUUUUUUACUUGACCCUGGAAGGCGAUUUGAAGGCAAAAAACAACGAGAGAGCGUCCCCAACGCCAGCAGUUGCAGCAGCAAAUGCAGGAGCAGCAGCAGUAGCUGCUGCUGCUGCUCCGGAGGGGUCCCGGGGAUUCUUCAGGCCCCGAUUCUUCUCGUCAGCUUCUGGGGGCCCCCAGGGGCCCCCCGAUGAAGCAGGGAGGAGCCGAAUACGAAACAUUGGGAUCAGCGCACACAUUGACAGCGGCAAAACAACCCUCACUGAGCGCAUUCUCUUUUACACGGGUCGUAUAGCGGAGAUCCACGAGGUGAGGGGCUCCGACGGCGUCGGAGCCAAGAUGGACUCCAUGGAACUCGAAAGGGAAAAAGGUAUAACGAUUCAGUCGGCAGCGAGUUACUGCUCGUGGGAGCUGCCCGAGGGGCCCAAUGGGGGGCCCUCUGCGGGCUCUUACACGGUGAAUUUAAUUGAUACCCCUGGGCAUGUGGACUUCACUGUGGAAGUGGAGAGAGCGCUGAGGGUUUUGGAUGGAGCAGUGCUGGUGGUUUGUGGGGUCGCCGGCGUGCAGAGCCAAACCCUAACGGUGGACCGGCAAAUGCGGAGGUACGGGGUGCCCCGUUUGAUAUUCGUGAAUAAGCUGGACCGAGAUGGAGCGGAUCCGUGGAGAGCACUGGCUGGCAUUCGCAAACAACUCGGCAUCAAUGCUUUCCCCAUCCAAGUUCCGAUCGGGACGGAGGGCAAGCACCAAGGCGUCGUUGACUUGGUGUCUUUGGAGGCAGUUUAUUUUAAAGGAGAGAAGGGCCAGAAGGUUGAGAGGAGUUCAGAUAUUCCUGCUGAUCUGCUGCAGGAGGCGAAGCAGCGCCGCAGCGAGUUGGUGGAGGCGCUGGCUGAGAAGGACGAGGCCUUGGCUGAGGUGUACAUUAACCUCGGAGACAACGUCCAGCCCUCAGAUAUUCAUGAGGCCAUCAGGAGACAAACACUUCAGCACAACUUCGUUCCUCUCCUUAUGGGAUCGGCGAAAGGCAACAAAGGCGUUCAGCCCCUGCUAGAUGCUGUCUGCCGCUACCUCCCCGCACCACAGGAUCGCGUGCAAGUGGCGAAAGACUUGGACAGAGGAGAGGCAGAGGUUGAGCUGUCUUGCGAUCCGAAGAAACCCUUUGUGGCUAUGGCUUUUAAGAUCCAAGAGCUGCCUAUCGGGCAGCUAACGUAUUUGCGUUUAUAUCAGGGAUCUUUACGCCGUGGGGAGUCUGUUGUGGACUUGAGCACUGGAAAGAAGCAACAAGUGAAGCGGCUGCUGCGCAUGCAUGCAGAUGAGGCGCGGGAGGUGCAGCAAGCGGCAGCAGGAGACAUCGUUGCAGUAGGGGGGUUGGUCUGUCAUUCAGGUAUAACUCUAACAGACGGACGAACCCAACUAGCCCUUAACUCAAUGCAUGUAGCAGAUCCUGUCGUCUCCUUAGCUGUGCGAGUUGAGAAGAAAGACCACCAAAACAAGUUCGCGAAGGCACUCAACAGAUUCCAGCGCGAAGACCCCACGUUCAGAGUGGGUCAGGACGCUGAGUCUGAAGAGACGGUAAUAUCCGGCAUGGGGGAGUUGCACUUAGAGAUAUAUUUGCAACGCAUGCGACGCGAGUAUGGUUUGGAGGUGGUAGCUGGGCGCCCUGGGGUACAUUACAGAGAGACCCCAACACAGAGGGCUGUCUUUGACUUUACACACAAGAAACAAACAGGAGGAGCGGGACAGUUCGCUAGGAUUUCGGGGUACUUUGAGCCCCUGAAGCCGCAAGAAGACGAACAGAAAACAACGGCAAACAGCAAACUCACCAACGUCUUCGUUAAUGAAGUCGUGGGCAACGAAAUCCCCCCCAACUUCAUCGCCUCCAUAGAAAGAGGCUUCUUUGAGGCGGCUCAGCGGGGGCCCCUCCUGGGGGCUCCCCUAGUCAACACGCGAUUCGUUUUGCAGGGGGGGAAGGCCCACGACGUGGACUCGAGUGACCUUGCGUUUCGCCUAGCGGCGGCGGGGGCCCUCAGGGCAUUUGCAGCAGAGAGUCUUCCUGUGGUGCUUGAGCCGUUGAUGGUUGUGGAGGUGACUGCCCCCCGCGAGAUGCAAGCAGCAGCUCUGAUGCUGCUAAACAGGCGAGAAGGAAGCGUCUCCAGCUGUGCAACUGAAGGAGACACUGCAUGCAUAUCCGCUCGCGUGCCGCUGCGGUGUAUGUUUGGCUUCAUUUCCGACCUCAGGGCCCACACCCAGGGACAGGGCGAGUUCACUAUGACAUUCGAAUCAUAUCAACCCAUGCAACACGCGCAGCAGCAAACCCUGAUUCAGCAGAUGCAGCAGCAGCAGCAGCAGCGCCAGCAAAAACACACUGCUUAA